CCACACUCUGUGCAGAGCGAGGCACUUGAAGAGGCUGUUAGUUUCAGGACUGUUUCUUGACAAGGAGUGUUAUGUGUAAACAUUAGCUGGAUUCUCCCGUUCCAUCAAAGCAACUCCCUGGCUGCGCUCCCCUGCCACCAGCAGGAUCAGACAAGGAAGAAACAGCAGACUGAGUCACUGACUGAAUACACACCCCAAACAGACAGGGCGCUGCGAUGGAGAUCCUCACCACUCUCCUGCUGCUCGGGCAAGCGAUGAUUGUACAAAUACAAGAAGGUUCCUCAACAGAGACUGGAACACCCGUACUAACGAUGGAGCCAAUGUGGGAGAGAUUCUUAACGGGUGACUGGAUCAUUCUUAGAUGUGAUGCUGGUCGAGAGCUUCAUUCUGUGAGAUAUAAGUGGUUCGUAAACAACACUAUCCAAGAGUUCAGCGAGAAGAUUUACACCAUUGAGGCUGCUGGAAUAGAGCAUAAUGGGGAAUACAGAUGCCAAACUUUGACACAAACAACAGCCGACAGUAACAGCAUUCUCGUGAGAGUAUCCGCUCCUGAAUUGUUUGUGAGGAUUGAGACUGAGCCAGAACCUCUGUGGUAUGAGCAGACAUUGAGGUUGAGUUGUAACUGCACAUACCCCACGCCAAAUGAAUUCAUUUACACAUUUUAUCAGGAAGGUUCUGUUAUUGCUGAGUUCCGGACAAGAAAUAAAAGUGUUUCUUUUCGAAAGGAGCGGGUUACAUUUGAGGAUACAGGACGGUAUCGAUGCCAAAUGCAGUUUGUUGAUUAUCCCGAUGGUCCUGUGUACACAUCAGCUUACAGACGUGUAGAUGUGCGAGAAAGUCCGGUGAUACUGCAGGUGGAUCCCAGACUGCAGAGAGAUGGUGAUCCCAUCACACUGAAUUGUCGGUGUACCCAGGACCAUGUGUGUGGGACAGGACAAAUUUACUUCUACAGAAAUGAGACCCUCCUGAACUCUGAUUCCAUGCCUCGCAACGUCCAUCGUAUCCACCGAGCAACCCUAAUAGAUUCAGGGUGGUACCGCUGUGCGAUUUUCCAGAACCUUUCAGAAUUCCUGUCCCUCUGGAUGGAAGUCACUGUCCAGAUCCCUGUGAGCUGCCCAUCCAUCAGCUCAGAUCUGAAGGAGCCCGCUGUGUCCAUCGGUGACCACUUUCCCAUCCGGUGUACGUCUGAAAAUGGGACACUGCCUAUAAACCUCAUGCUUUACCACGACCACCACCCCCACCCCCUGAGGAACACAACAGUCGUUGACUCCAGGACAGCCACCUUCCAUGUCACCGUGCCACCUGAUGGGGAGGGCGCUGCGUACUCCUGUGGUGCUGCCAAUGCCGUUGCCCACGUUAUCAACUGCAGUGAGCCGCUCGUCCUCACUGUGUCAGGUCCCUCUGGGAAAUUUGCUCUGCAGGUCGGAGGUUCUGCUGUUGCUGCCGUUCUCCUCAUUGUUUUCCUGCUUCUGUUUGCUGUCUGCAAACUCCAUCAUAAAGAGAGACAUCAGGACACCUCUGGUUCCCAAUCCAGGAGAGACACCAGCAGCCCCAAUCAUGAUGAAAUUGUGUACUCUGUUGUCCAAGCAAAGAAGAAAGAAGGAGGCUCCGUCAGGACAAGAAGAGAACCACAGGAGUCUGACAGUCGUGUGACUUAUGCGUCAUUAAUGUACCUUGAAACACCAAAGGUCAGAGAGGCAAGUGCCAGAGGGGAGGAAGAAAAUGGCUCGUCCAUCUACCAGAACUUUCAGAGGAGGUAGUCACAGAGAUCUGCUGCCCCUGCUGAUGAGGAAGAGAAGUUCCUUCUGGUGGCAGGCAGGGGUCUGUUCAUUUGUCAUCUUCAACUGAAGAAUGGACCAAAUCAACAUGGGAACUUCACAUCAGAGAAAUGUCACCUGGUUGUUCUGUCAUUCUAGAAUGCAGUUAGUUCCCCAAAUGCUGUGCACAUAUCCCUAACCCUCAGUAGCCGUAGAUGAACAGGAUGUCUUCUGCCCAAAGCUAUGGUUUAACAUCUUCACCCAAUUCUAAAUCCUCAUGUUUGGGAGCCACGUAGCAAUGGACUGCUGCCUCAUAUAGAGUCAUGCAGCACAGAAACUGACCCUUUGAUCCAACUUGUCCAUGCCAACCAAACUUCCCAAACUGAGCUCACCCCUCCUGCCUGUGCUUGGCUCAUAUCCCUCCAAACAUUUCUUAUUCAUUCAUUUAUCCAAGUGUCCUUUAAACAUUGUAAGUGUACCCGCAUCCAUCACUUCCUCUGGAAGUUCAUUCCAUACUUAAACAAGUCUGUAAAAAAGUAGCCCUCAUGUCUUUUUUAAUAUCUGUCUCUUCUCACCUCAAAAGAAUGCUCUCUUGUCUUAAAAUUCCCCACCCUAUAAGAUUUUAUAAACCUCUAUAACCUCUCAAUCUUCAAAUUGUGCAAAUAGUUGCUGCCUCUCUUUAUAACUCAAUUCCUCCAUUCCCUGUAAUACACUUGUCAAUCUUUUCUGCACCCUUCUCAGUUUAAUAAUAUCCUUCCUAUAACAGGGCAACCAGAACCGCACACAAUACUCCAGAACGGGACCUGAUCACACAUACCCUAGAAGUUAGUGUAAAGGGAGGGAAGUGAUGGUUGAGCCCCUUGCUGAGAUACUUGUGUCAUUGAUAGCCACAGGUGAGGUGCCAGAAGACUGGAUUUUGGAUAAAGUGGUGUCACCAUUCAAGAAAAGUGGUUAAAAAAAAGCAUGGGAACUAUUGACCAGUGAGCCUGACAUCAGUGUUGGACAAGUUGUUGUAGGGGAUCCUAAGGGACAGGAUUUACAUGUAUUUGGAAAGACAAGGACUGAUUAGGGAUAGUCAAUGUGGCUUUGUCCUUGGGAAAUCAUGUGGUACUAACUUAAUUGAGUCUUUUGAAGAUGUAACGAAGAGGAUUGAUGAAGACAGAGCAGUGGAUGUGAUCUAUAUGGAUUUCUGUAAGGCAUUCGACAAGGUUCCUCACAGUCGACUUGUCAGCAAGGUUACAUCACA